UUAUAUUUGAUGAUUAUGAGUUGAAUAAUGCACCUAUAACACAGGAAGAGUACAUAGAAAAUAAUGAAGAUAGUGAAAAUAAUAAGCCCACAAUGCAGGCAGAAAACAGCAAACUUAGUGAAAAUAGUGAAAAUAAUCCAAUUAUAGUUACUUCUGAAAAAAUUCCUAAAAGUGUUUAUUUCACUACAUAG